AUAGUAUUGACUUGUGCAUUGAAAACAGGUUUUAUAAAGAAAAAUACAUUAAAAAUUUUCUACACUCCACAAACCUAACUCCUAUGAUUAUAUAUAGCAAUGUCUGGGUAUAUGUAUUCACUUAGAUACAUGCUUAUCUGAAAAAUGUUUGGCUUCUCUCCUGGAAAAUUCUUCCUGUGUAUUUUAUUUUUAAUUCAGUGUUACUCGCAACGCAUUCAAGUUAUUUACGAAGGACAGAACAUAGCAUUUUUUUGUAAUGCUACGGGUGGUGUUGAAUCAGAAUAUAUUCAUUACCAAUGGGAAGUUAAUAACAAGGAACUGAUAGCUACAGAUGCCUAUUUUCACAUCAGAAACAUUCAGAAAAGUGACGAAGGUGAAUACAAAUGUAUUGCGACGCAGUAUGUUAACGGAACACCAAUAGUAGCUACAGAAUCUACGUUUAUCAGUGUUCGUAAAGCUGAUUCCAUCAUAACUCAAGACGUUGAAGAAGGUAUUUUAGUUAGAAUACUAUGCAAUGUAAGCGGAGAUGAUAAACCUGAUGGAGCUGGUCCAUUUCGAUAUGAAUGGCGUAAUCCGAAUGGAACACUGGUCGGAACUCAGUGGAAAUUAGAACUGGGUCAAAUUAAAAUGCACGAAUCGGGUAUAUAUGUGUGUCGUGUAUCUUAUGAAUAUAAUGAGCGUCAAAUGUCAACAAGUUCAGCCACAAAACUCAAUGUCAUUCCACGUGCUGGCGUCAUAUUCCCUGGGAUUCGUGGAAAUGUUUUGGAAGUUCGAGAAACAGGUGAUAUCUUACAGGAAUGUCAAGUGAUCAGCGCAAAACCAGCCCAAUAUACUUUCCAGUGGUUUGGUCCAGAUGGUCGAUUAGUAUCAAAUUCUGCUUUACUUCAAAGAGAUUAUGUGACUAGACCACGUGAUGAAGGCAUUUAUCGUUGUGUUGCUACUCCUGUUGAAGAGGGACGAUUGCAAGUUGAAAAUCACCUCAUAGUAACAUUGAUACCUCUGCGUUUCCAAAUAACAACUCUGUCAGAAGAUUUAAGUAUCGGAGGUUAUACACAUCGUCGUAUUGCACUAGUUGAACCAUCGCAGCCUAAUCUUUCUACUCGUGAGACAUUCACAUAUCAAUGGUUCGAUACUGAGAUGAGGCCAAUUGUUGAUUCCAUGAGACCAGAUUUACGUGUCAACUUCCGUACUCCAUCGGAUUUCGGGAGAUAUUCAGUUCGUAUUACGGGUUUGAAUUCUGGUUAUCAAAGGAAUCUUAGUACAUAUAUAACUCCAGAAGGUCCAAAUGGUGAAGUAGAACCAACGUACUCAGUUGUCAUUCGAGAAGUCUCUGGCCCUCUUUAUUUAAAUGCACGGCUAGAAUUGGAAUGUUCACCGAGACCACCAAAUUUAGCAGCCAGAAUAAAUUGGCUCGGUCCUGAUGGAAUGGUAGUUUCAGAUUCUAGCAACAUUGUAUUUGAGCGGUUUCAACCUCAUCAUCAAGGAAGAUACACCUGUCAGAUUUUAUUGCCUAAUCAAGUUAUUUUACGCCAGAGCGUAGAACUGGUUGUAUCUGGUACAUCUACUGAAGUUCCUGAGCCUGACAGACGUUAUACCAUAAGAAUAAUUCAGUCGCCUACAUAUUUCCGAUAUAAUGAUGCCGUCCAUUUACAGUGUGUUGUUUCUCCUACACCUCCAAUAGUAACUUAUGAAUGGUUUAAAGAUGGUGUUCUCAUUGGAAGGCAACCAGAUCUUCAUAUACCACGAUUUACUGCAGAAGACGUUGGUCGAUAUCAGUGCGUUGCUCGGCUUGAUAGCACAGUUCUUACUUUUAACAGUACUAUAUCUAUAGAUGACGGCACAGGAGUGGAUCUGAUAAUGAGACCAAAUGUUAUAUAUAUACCGGCUUUUCACCCAUUUGAGAUUGAAUGUGUAUCUACACGUGCCGGUUUGUCACCUGUUGCCGUAUUUGGAAACGGUGCAUCUAUUGAAUCAGAUAAUCGAUUCACAGUUACAAAACCUGAUGACCGACGAUUGGUUAUUAGUGUUACAGAUGGUUUAUCAAACGUUUAUAACGGUUUACGAAUUCGUUGUAUGUUACCAGGUAUGAAUUAUAAAGAGGUUACAUUAUACAUAAUGGAUACUUGUCCGGCAAGUCAGUCACAAUGUAGAACGCGACAAUGUAUACAAACUUCUCAAGUAUGUGAUGGGAAAGCUGACUGUUCUGAUAAGUCAGAUGAAAGUAGCAGUUUCUGCAAUGCUGGACUUACUGUGAGCCCAACGCGCAUUGUAGUCAGACCUUCAGAACCAUUUUCAUUGAAAUGUCAAGCUAUGCCACCAGGAAUCCGUGCUCCACAUGCACGAUUUGUACAUAGUGGAAUGGAUGUGGAAACAGAUCCUCGAUUCGUUGUUGAGCGUCCAUCUGCGGGGGUUUUGCUUAUUAAAGCACCACGAGGUCUGUCAGAGGAAGCAAACGAUACUAGAAUUGAAUGCUAUUUUCCUGAUGAAAGUCCCAGAAUAGCUAUAAUCAAUGUGGUUGCUGAUAGAUGUGGACCAGGAUACUUCAUGUGUUACGAAGGAUCUUGCAUACCAUUAUCUCAACAGUGUGAUGGACAACCACAAUGCCCAGAUGGUUCUGACGAAAUUAACUGUGAAGAAAGAAUAACAGUUCGCGUGGAACCAGAUAUUAUUCGAAUCAGACCAUAUGAGAAGUGGUCAUUUGAAUGUUCUGUAAGAGGCAGAGAUGUACAGCCAAUUGUGAGUUUUCAAGAUGGUAGACUUGUGGAAUCAGAUCCUCGUUUCCGAGUGACACGCAUAGAUCCUAACACUGUAAGAGUUGAAGCUGUUUACGGGUUAACGGAAAAAGAAGAUCGUAUGAAAUUAAUAUGUUCAUUUCCGGGUGGACCUCAAGGUGAAACUGAAAUUAUUGUUCAACGGUUUUGUCCACGGGGUCAGUUAAUGUGCAUGGAUGGAAGCUGUCGUCCAGAAACUGAUUUCUGCAAUCGUCAAAUAGAUUGUCCAGAUGGUUCAGAUGAGCGACCUCCUCACUGCAGAGAAAGCAUAAAAGUCGAAGUCAAGCCAAGUAUUGUCCGUGUUAAACCUUACCGCAGCUUUCAGUUUGAGUGCAUUUCACAUGAACCUGGUGUUACACCAGAGGCAAGAUUACCGAGUGGUUUGCUGGUGACUCAGGAUCGUCGUUUUAGUGUGGAAUAUCUUUCGCCAACUCACCUUCGAGUAAAUGCAAUAUAUGGUUUAACAGAUCGAGAUCAUCCUUUUCAAAUUUACUGUGUAUUUCCUGGAUUGGAAAAUAGAACAGCUGUUAUCGAAAUCGAAAGACAGUGUCCGAGCGGACAAUUUCAGUGUAGAGAUGGUCGAUGUUUACCACGUGAAGCCUUUUGUGACGGGAAACCAGACUGUUCAGACAGUUCAGAUGAGAGUGAACGCUAUUGUGCUGUAGACAUAACAGUAACUCCAAGUUCAAUUCGUGUAAUUCCAAAUCAGCAGUUCGAAUUCGAAUGUUCAACAUCAAUUCCAAAUGAAACUCCCCAAGUCACUUUCGAUGACCGUCCUGUAGAACAGGACAAUCGUUUUAUUGUUUCACGUCCAAGACUACAAACGAUUGUUGUGAGAGCACCAUAUGGUUUAAGAGAUUCUGGAGAGCAUAGAUUCAAGUGCAUUGUAUCGACGACUGUUUCUCGAGAAGUUAGCGUUGAGGUUACAACAGGUUGUCCACCGGGUCAGUCUAGGUGUAGAUCGGGAGAAUGUCUACCAAGAAGAGUAUUUUGUGAUCGAAAACGUGAUUGCCAAGAUGGCUCUGAUGAAGAUCCGAGAUCUUGUAUUCCAUCGGUCACAAUUACACCAUCCACAAUUCAGACAAGAAUAUACGAAUCUUUCCAGUUCGAGUGUAGAUCAUCUGUGCCAGGAAGUGAACCUCAAGUUUCUUUUGAAGGUUAUCCGGUUGAAGGUGAUCACAGAUUUACAAUUCUGCGUCCAAGCCGUGAACAUGUCAUUGUCCGGGCCCAUGGUGGUAUUGCUGAUCCUGGAAGAUAUUCUUUCAGCUGUACCGUUUUAAGUGGAAUGCCUGGAGAAAUUGUAGUACAAGUUGAUUCAGUGUGCCCGCCUGGUUAUGCCAGAUGCAGAGAUGGAACAUGCAUCCCAGAACAACAAUUUUGUGAUAGAAUACCACACUGUCCAGAUGGUUCAGAUGAAGAUAGGCUACGCUGUCCUGAAGUAACUGUUGAUGUAAGAGUACACUUUACUCCUGGUGAAAUACGAGUCCAACCUGGUAGAUCUUUCCGCUUAGAGUGUGUGACUGACCAACCAGGUACAUCUCCAGUCGUACAGUUUGCCGAUGGAAGACCAAUAACAAGUGAUCGACGAUUUAUAAUUUCUAGGCCUUCAACUGAACGUGCCAUUAUAGAAGUUCCUGGUGGUCUAGACGCUAGAGAAAGACAAAUGAUACUUGAAUGUAUAUCUCCCAGUGGAGAUAGAAAGUCAUCCACUAUAUUUGUAGAACUAGGAUGCCAACCAGGACAGCGAAGGUGUCCAAGUGGCGAAUGUAUAUUUGUUGGUCAAUUCUGUGAUGGUAAACCUGAUUGUGACGAUGGAUUUGAUGAAAGACCUGAAAACUGCGUUUACUGUGACCCAAUAACUAAACCAUGUCAAGUUGUAAACGGUGUACCUCCAAGAGAAGCUACUUAUGAGUUACACUGGAAAUGUGAUGGUGAAAAUGAUUGUGGCAAUGGAUUCGAUGAACUGAACUGUAUGAACGAUACCCGAGUACCUGAUAAGGAAUGCGGCACCACUCAUUUCAGAUGUCGUACAGAUCCAUAUCAAUACCUACCAUUUGCUUACUGGUGCGACGGUGGUCGUGACUGUCGUGGUGGUGAGGACGAAGCUGAUUGCUCUCCACCUACGAUAAUUCAAUCACAGCGUCAAGAGACCCAUAGAGUUCGACCAGGUGGAAGAUUAGUCUUAGAAUGUGAAGCGUCCGGUGUUCCACCUCCUAUGAUCAUUUGGCGUUUCAACUGGAGAUGUCUUCGUGAUGAAACACGCAUGCGUUCUCAAGCUGUUCCCAGUUCCCUUGGAUGCAAAGGUUCAAAAAGUCGCCUAAUCAUUGAAAACUUUAGAGAAGGAGAUGAUGGUAUUUACAAUUGUGAAGCGGUGACUUCAAAAGACAGAGCGAUGUCACAGGAUAUAUUCGUUCUUUUAUCACCUUAGUCGUGUUUACACUUUCAUUUGAUCUGAAUAUACCGGUGAUUCCGCCUAGUGAGGUGAAUACAUUUUGAAGAUAUGCCCCCAAGCAGUACACAGCAACCCUAUACAACUACCUACCUUUUCGACGGCUUAGAGUUUGGUGUUCAUAUUGAAAAAGUGAAGUGUAAUUAUUAUGAUAAAAAUCGUAAGUUUUAUGAUACAAUAGAGGAAACCUCACAUAAAGUUUUUUUAAAUCACAUCUUUGUGGCAUGGAAUGAGACAUAAAUGUGUGUUUAUAGAUAGAAUAAAGGAUGGGACAUAUGGCUUAAGAAGUCGAAAUGUGACCUUUCAAUACCAGUUUUCUUAGUGGAGAACUUUAUAUUGGCUCAUUCUUAACACAUAUAAGAGGUUUUCUGAAUUGACUCCCACGCUGAUGAAGCCAAUUUUGUUAAGGAUGCAGAUGAUCUGAAUUUUUCCGUAUCCAAUCAGACUGUUCUAAAAUGAACAGCAUUUUAUCAGAAAUUAUUCAGUGAUCUUUGUCAAGUGGUCUUAAGAUAAAUCCAUCCAAAUGUCAGAUUGCCUAUUUCACUUUCAGAUACUAGCUCGAUUUACAUGAACUGGUUCGUUCCCAUGAUUCUUGUAUCAAAGAAGUCACUGAAGUUGAGACUAAGUUGAAUAUUAAACACCUUUCAUAACUCGAAAAAUACCCAUUUAUUCAUAAGUGAAAACACAGUUUUUGUUCAGCGAAGAAAUUUCUUUUCAACGACUUCAUUUUCAAGCUGUACAGUCGUAUUUAUAUUACAGAAAAAGGUUAUUAAGUGGCACUAAAUAAUUGCUCAGUCAAUGUACGUAUAUGUGAUAAUAAUUUUCUUUCUAGUUUUUAUUUUAUGUUACCACUUGAAUUCUUUCCACUUCAAUUCACAUCUUCAUUCUUAUCGUAAUCGUACUCCUAAUUUUCAUAAUUUUUUAGACAACACUUGACAUUUUUGUUAUAGAACAAUCUUUCAUAUUUUUGUAAUUUAUCUACUUCAACUCUACCCCUUAUAACUUUUAUCACAUAUACAUACAUUGACUGAGCAAUUAUUUAGUGCCACUUAAUAACCUUUUUCUGUAAUAUAAAUACGACUGUACAGCUUGAAAAUGAAGUCGUUGAAAAGAAAUUUCUUCGCUGAACAAAAACUGACCUUUCAUAACGUCUUUCCUCGGAUCUUUCCUGGUGUUCCUACAUGAUGUUAAUUUGUAGGAAGAUAUUUCAUCUAACCUUUUACCUAAGGAAGUUAAGAUAAUUCAGUGCCACUCGGUUUCUACUUUUACAAUUUGUUAAUUCUUGUAUUCUACCCAUUCUCUAUUGUUUCCUUUUUAUCUCUCCUAGGCUAAUUAAGACAGACUUCGUUACAUUGCGAAGGACUGUUAGUAGGGCAGGUGGGGCGUUAAUAAGCCUACUCGUUAUUUCUUUUGCAAACAGACACUUGAAAGCACGCAGUCAAUUACUAAAUUUAAUCUUUUUCGGACUUUGAAGGUCCUCUACAUGUACUACUUUCCCUUGCCUCCCAUCAGAUAGGAAUAGAAACAAUAAUAAACGACUUUAUGAUAGAACGACUAAAUGUGAAAACUUAGCGAUAGCUUAUUUGACACGCGUUUUGUGAUGAGCAAAUUUUUAGACAGGAAACUACUAACUUUUUGCGAAACAAAAAAUACACGGCACUUUCCGUUUUAUCGUUAAUACACUGUUUACACUAUUCCCUUUUAAUUUAGCAUUCAUAUCUUAUUGACAUUAUUAUUAAUGUAAAUGUUUAAUUAAUUAUCUUCCCCUUGUUAUAGAGUGUAAAAAGGAAAAUGAGAUAUUAUAUUAUACCAUAUGCUGAAAAUUACACACUGUAUCAAAU